AUGAACCACUCCAGCAAGACGCCCGAAGAGGUGGCUCACCCCAAAGCGCUCAAUGCUACCACCGAUGUCAACAUGACUGAGGCGCCCGUCACAUGGAAGGCCUACCUCCUCUGCGCCUUCGCCUCCUUCGGAGGUAUCUUCUUCGGUUAUGAUUCUGGGUACAUCAACGGUGUGCUCAACUCCCCUCUAUUCAUUGAGGAGGUUGAGGGUCCCAUCUGCCCGCAAGGUCUUGCCACUCCCAAUGGCGCUUGCGCCAUCAGCAGUAGCAACACCUCGCUCAUUGUUUCCAUCCUCUCCGCUGGUACUUUCUUUGGUGCUCUCGCAGCUGGUGACAUCGCCGACAUCUACGGCCGAAAGUGGACCAUUGUCGCAGGUUGCAUCAUCUACAUAAUCGGUGUCGUACUCCAGAUGGCUGCGUCUGGCCGAGACCUUCUUGUCGCCGGUCGUGCUAUUGCUGGUAUCGGUGUCGGUUUCGAGUCUGCUAUCGUCAUUCUCUACAUGUCUGAGAUCUGUCCCAAGAAGGUUCGUGGCGCGCUUGUGUCCGGCUACCAAUUCUGCAUCACCAUUGGUCUCCUGCUUGCCGCCUGCGUCAACUACGCAGUAAAGGGUCGCGGCGACACCGGUGAAUACCGCAUUCCCAUCGGUAUCCAAUUCGCCUGGGGUAUCAUCCUGGCCACCGGUGUCGCGUGUCUGCCAGACUCUCCUCGCUACUUCAUCAAGCGUGGCCACACGGAGAAGGCCAAGGUAGCUUUGAUGAGGGUCCGUGGUGUACACCCGACAGACCCCGCUUCUGAGCACCUCCGAGCCAUGGUUGAUUUUGAGCUUGCAGAGAUCAUUGCCAAUGAGGAGUACGAGCGCGAACAGACGCCCGCUGGUGGCUGGCUUGCCGGUUGGACAAAUUGCUUCAAGGGUUCCCUCUUCCAGUCCAACUCGAACCUGCGCAAGACCAUUCUCGGCACCUCUCUUCAGAUGAUGCAGCAGUGGACUGGUGUCAACUUCAUCUUCUACUACUCCACACCGUUCUUGCAAUCGACCGGCGCUAUCAGCAACACCUUCUUGAUCUCGUUGAUCUUCACCCUGGUUAACGUCUGCUCUACCCCGCUUUCGUUCUACGGCAUGGAGAAGUUCGGUCGUCGCACGCUCCUGUUGUAUGGCGCACUUGGCAUGUUGAUCUGCCAAUUCUUGGUCGCCAUCAUCGGUGUCACUGUCGGCUUCAACAAAUCCACUACCUUCGCUGAUGGAACCACCCGAGCAAACAAUCUUUCCGCUGUCAAUGCCCAGAUUGCAUUCAUUGCCAUCUUCAUCUUCUUCUUUGCCACUACUUGGGGCCCUGGCGCCUGGGUUCUUAUUGGCGAGGUGUUCCCCCUCCCAAUCCGCUCUCGUGGUGUCGCGCUUUCUACAGCCUCCAACUGGCUAUGGAACACUAUCAUCGCUGUUAUCACUCCUUACAUGGUUGGCACGAAUGAGGGCAACCUCCGUUCUUCCGUCUUCUUCAUUUGGGGUGGCCUCUGCACAAUCGCUUUCGUCUACACGUACUUCCUGGUUCCCGAAACAAAGGGCCUGUCCCUCGAACAGGUCGACCAGAUGAUGGCGGAGACGUCCCCCCGAACCUCGGCCAAGUGGCGCCCGACUCACACCUUUGCCGAGGCCAGCGUCGAGAAGGGUGGCGCCGCCCGCCUGGAGGGCGGCCAGGUCUUCAUGGACACUGAGAAGGUCUUGCGCACCGCUUCCAUCCACUAA